CUGUGUUAGUGUGUGUGUGAAUUUUUCUUGUUUAUAACACCAGUAGGUUUUGUUAAAUAAGUAGUGAAAAUGUCUCAACUUAAGUUAGUAAUAGCAGCUCUGUGUUUAACAUCACAUGUGCUGGGUGGCGUCAUAUCAAGACAUCACCAAGAUGAAUACGAGCCACAUGGUCAUGCAGUUGAUUAUUACUCCCAUCCGAAAUACGCUUUCAGGUACGGAGUUUCCGACCCGCACACCGGUGAUGUCAAGGCUCAGCAGGAGAGCAGAGAUGGGGACGUGGUGAAAGGCCAGUACUCCCUGGUGGAGCCCGACGGAUCUAUCCGCGUAGUAGACUAUGUUGCCGACCCUGUAAACGGGUUCAAUGCCGUGGUGUCGAAGAGCGCGCCAUCUGUCCACGCGUCGGUCGCACCAGCGGUAGUGAAGCAGGUAGUUCCCUCCGUCUACAAACACGUAGUACCGACGUACGUCAAGCAGGUGGUACCAGUGAUCAAAUCGGCGCCAUUAUUGUCGUCCUUUUACGAUAAGCAGCUGGUGGCUAAGCCUGUUAUAAAAUAUACUUCAGCUCUAGGUUAUCCAAAAACUGGCUACUACGGUGAUUACGAGGGAUAUGGCUACUCAGAUGGAUAUGACUUAGACUCGUAUUAUGGAGAUGUCCAUGGACAUGGAUAUUGAUUGCGGCUGCCCCUCUAAGUCAAAUCUUAGGAGUAGUUAAAUAUAUUUUAUGAUACCUCUUAUUCGUUGUACAAAUAAUUUUUAACAAUAUUUUUUGUUUGUAAAUAUAAGACAUAGACAUAUAAGAUAUGUUAGAUUAAUUUAUUUAUAAAAUAAUAAAAAAGUAAU